AAUGAUGAGUUAAAAUACUUGACAGUGCAAUCAGUGAUUUGUGAUAUAAAUAGCAGAUAUAAAAGAACCAUAUUUUCAAGAGUAUUUUUGUAACAAAAUGUAAACUUUUUUUUGUUUGAUUGAAGUCGUUAAUUAAUAUGAUCAUGGUUUGUCCAGCAACUGGUUAUGAAGCUCUAUCUUUUGCUAUAAGAAAAAACUCUUACAAGAUGGCAGAAAAAAUCUUAAAACAGCCCGAUGCCCUACUAAUUGAUGAUAAAUGGACAGACUAUAUUCUUUUAAUUAAAGCACUUCAACGAGGAUGUAAACAAAUUACAAGGUUACUGUUGAAAAAUGGUUGUAGAGUUAAUAAACCAAUCAAAACAAAUUUUUUUCAUACUCCUUUAUAUUAUGCAGUAAAAUUAAAAGAUACCCAGUUAGUAGAGUUAUUAUUGAGCAAAGGUGCUCUGAUAAAUGAUAAAGAUUUUAAUAAAGAAACGCCACUUAGUUUAGCUUUGGAAAAAAAGUGUUACAAAAUUGUUGAUGUCUUGCUGUCUAAAUAUUUAAAUCAAGCAAUUGAUUUAACUAGUCCUAGUCAUGAUGAUUAUAUUGCAUUUAAUGCUGCUUGUCGAAGAAAUAAUAAGCACGUAGUGGAAAGUUUUUUGAAACAAGAAAUUUCAAAUAAUAUGUAUCUCAAUUAUGAAUCGAAAGAUGAAUAUAAUGAUACUCCAUUACAUAUUGCUGUUAAAUAUCAAAAUCUAGAAGUGAUUGAUGUAUUAUUAAAAUAUGGAGCCAAUGCUAAUGCUGUAAAUAAGAAGGAACAAACGCCAUUACAUUUGGCAUAUUAUAUGAAAGAAAAAUAUCCUUUAGAGAAAUAUUACAAAAUUAUUGAUAUAAUUUUAUCUAAACUUAAAAAUACAAAUGUAAAUCCUAUUGACAAUUUCAGAUUAUCUCAUUUUCAUAUUGCUUGUACAAGAAAUCAUUUAGAUACUGUUAAACACUUUUUACUGUGCAAAGUAGAUAUUAAUAGCUCUACUAGUUUUGAUUCUCCAACUUGCUCCGGUUAUCUGCCGCUACAUUUUGCAAUUGAAAAUGGACAGAAAAAAAUCAUUGAAUUUCUAUUGAGUCAAAAUGCUAAUACAUUAAUUAAAAAUAAAGAAGGAAAUACUUCGUUGCAUUUUGCUUUUAAAUUCUUUUACUUGGACAGUAAUUUAAUUGAUUUAAUCUUAUCCAAAGAUAUUUCAAAGUGUACAAAUCCUGUUAAUAAUUACGGUCUAUCUCAUUUUCAUAUUGCUUGUACCACUAAUAAUAUUGUAGCUAUUGAGAAGUUUUUAGAAAAUGAAGCAUCAGUUUUUACUCCCGUGAAUUUUAAUUCGCCAAUAUGUCCUGGAUAUACGCCUUUACAUUUUGCAGUUACUUUCAAUAGAAGUACAACAGCUAAAAUACUUUUACAACGUAAUGCAGAUUCAAAUAUGAAAGAAGCAAAUGGUUUCACAGCUCUUCACUUAGCAUGUCAACAAGAUGCAAAGAAAAUUCAUACAAUUCUUAGAAAUUCAAUUAAUGUAUCCAAUACAUAUGGUAAAAUAAAUUUUGAACGUGCUUACAAGGAAUCACCGAUAAAAGUAUUAGAUUUAAUAGCUAAACAAACAGAGCAAGUAGAUAUUCUUGAUUUAUUAUUACAAUAUAAAAGUAAUGUGAAUAGUCAAGAUAAUUCAGGUAAAACACCACUAUUUUAUGCAUGUGAUAUCGACGAUCAGACAUUUAAAAAUGAGUUUGGUAAUCAUAAAACUCAGACCUUGCAUAGUGUAUUGAAUCAGUUUUAUAUUAAGCGGAAUAAAAUUAUUGAUAUACUUUUAAAAUACAAAGCAAAUGUUAAUAUUUAUGAUUUUAACAGUAUAACAGUGUUACAUUAUAUUGUGGAUAUUAACAAAUUUUUUGGAGAUGAUAAGAAAACCGAAGUAGUUAAAGUAUUAUUAAAUAAAGGAGCAGAUGUUAAUGCUAGAACUAAAACAGGCUUAACUCCUCUUCAUAUAGCUUUAAAAAAAGGUUUCAUCGAUCUUGUUGAAAUUUUUUUGAAGUAUAAUAUAGAUCCAAAUAUCGUUGAAUAUGAAAAUUUAUAUACUCCCCUUCACUUAGCUACUAUGAACGAUCUCCUUGCACCUAAAUCUGAAGAAAUAAUUAGUGCUUUACUUACAAAAGGUGCAGACGUGGAUAUGAAACAAAUUGAUGGUAAGACUCCAUUACACAUUGCAGCUUCGACUCGCUAUACCACUAAUAGACUCGUAACAUUGCUAAAAGUAGAAUGUGAUAUCGAUUGUCAAGAUAAGAGAGGCAAAACUGCUUUACAUAUGGCUUGCCUAAAUAGAAAUGCGGAUAAUGUUCAAAAUUUAUUAAAUCAUGGUGCAGAUAUCAAUAUUACUGAUACAUUUGGUAAAACUGCAUUUUUUUACUUUUAUGAAUUUCAAUAUGAUGUAUUGGAUAGUAGAGUGCAUGUCUACAAUUUUCAUCAAAUAUAUUACAUUUUUAAGAAUCAUAUCAGAAGACUGCGUGUAAUUGGUUUCUAUGUUAGUUGGGAAAAUAUGUCAUAUUAUAUGAAAUUAAAGGAUUUACAUAAGCAACAAGUAGUGAAUAGUGACGAGGACGAUUUUUUAAUGCAAUUGGAAAAUGAAGUACAGAAAAUGAAAAGUAUAAAAAUAAAUAGCUACUCGUCUUUAUAUGACAUUCUUUUCAAAGAUUCGAAUGAAAUGACAUUGUAUAUAAAAAAUGACAAACUUAAAAAUAUUUUAGAAUCGAGUGAUUUUAAAAGUGAAUUUGCACAGUAUAGUUACUUACUUAAAUUACAAUUUGAAAAAGGUUUGAGAAGAAGCGAAUUACUGAAACCUGCUAAGGAUUCAUUAGAAUUUAUACUGCUAAUAAGUUUACCAGACGCAUGUUCCGAAAGAAUCUUUAGAUACUUAAGUAACAGAAAUUUAAAGGAUCUAAUAAAAUCAAGGACACUUACUAUUAAAGAUUGAAUUAAAGAUUAAAUUAAAGAUAGAAAAUUUGUUAAUAAUGUACAUACAUCUUCUUGUACAAAAUAUAACAUUUAUUUUAAAAAUAAUUAGUCAUUUAUGUGUAUU